AUGUAUUACUUCCUGAGGCACCUUGCCCUUCUUGACAUCUCCUUACUUUCUGUCACUGUCCCCCAGUCUACGCACAAUUCCCUGACAGGAAGUGGCUGCAUUUCCUAUGCUCAGUGUGUGCUGCAGGUUUUCUUCUUCAUGUCUUUGGCUUCUGCUGAAGUGGCCAUUCUCACAGUGAUGUCCGAUGACGGCUAUGUGGCCAUCUGCCUCCCACUGCAUUAUGAAGUCAUCAUGAGUCUCACAACAUGCAAAUGGGCCAUGACAGCUGUGUGGAUAAGUGGAUGUAUCUUGGUAAAUUUGUACAUAGCAACAACAUUCUCUGUCAGAUUGUGCAGGGACAAAAUUAUCUACCAAUUCUUCUGUGAUGUUCUACAGUUGCUCAAACUGUCCUGUUCUAAUGAUUACCCUGGAGUGAUUGGAGUGGUUGCUUUUAUGUCUUUAUUGGGGUUUGCCUGCUUCUUCGCCUUCACCCUCUCCUAUGUCCACAUAUUCUCCACAGUCCUCAGGAUGCCCUCUGUUGAAGUUGUGUCCACAAUUUCUUUUAUCAGCAUGAUUGUGACAAACGUAACAGCAGUGACUGACUUCCUCCUACUGGGGUUCUCGGACAACCAGGAGCUGCAGAUCCUGCAUGCUUUGCUCUCGAUGAUGUACUUGUUUGGUUUGGCAGGUAACUUCAUCAUCAUCACCAUCACAACAAUGGACCUGCAGCUCUAA